AAAAAGUGAAAGUCCGUCUCUUCAAGAACAAGCAGUCAUGAAGACGCAGCAGCUGAUCUCGUGGAGUUUGAUACUCCUGGCAGAGGCUAUCGCAGCCCAAGAGUUUGGAGGUGUGAUCCGAAUUCUCCGAAGUAGCGAUCGAGUCAAGAUCGGUGGCCGUUCCUACAAAGUUCGACGUACGAAGAACACCUCGACAUUAAACUCCAACCGGAACGGCUCGUGCGUGUUCGAAGGCCAGAUUUUCCGACAUGGCGGCACCGUUCAACGAAAGGACGCCUGUGACAAAUGCAUGUGUUUCAGCGGAGAAGUUCUCUGCUGGAAAACCCAGUGUCCACCGGUCAAGAUCACCAAGGGUUGCCGCGAGGUUCGGCGGAGUGGAGUUUGCUGUCCGAUAAUCGAAUGCGACCCAGAGGUUCCUUUGAAAAACAACAAGCAUUCUUUCACACAGAAGAAACAGCGUCCCUUCGUACCGCUGCCCGAGAAGAACCGCUUCAAGGAUCAGGAGUGUGAAAUCGAUGGACGGAAGUACCGUUACGGGGAAAUCGUGCAACGAGCCUCAGGAGCCUGUAUGGUAUGUCGAUGCGGUUCCGGAGGAGAAAUGAAGUGUAAGACGAGGAAGUGUCCCCUGACAGGAGCUCUCGAUCUCGGUAAACUUGCUAAGGUUACCCAGAACACGAAAACCGCCCCGAAAACCGCAGUCCUCAUCAACCAGAAGAGACCUCAGUCAGACGGCGAAACACCAGAGGAAAUCUCUUUCUAAACUGAACAGAAUCCAAACCUCCCCAAAACGGCAGCCCAUGCUCCCGAUUCGACUCUCACGUUGGAUUCAGGUUCACCAACUUCGAGACAGAAAGACGUCGAUUCCCGGACUUACAUCGGACCCCUAUCCUUGUCGGCUCGGAGAAACUCCAUGAAUCGAGGCACAAUGUUCAUUCGCCAAGGAUUUUAUAAAUAAUUAACUA